AUGAUCGUGUUUGCAGCAUCUUUGGCCUCAAGAACGGAUUCUCUUGGUCCGGACAAGUACAAUGCAGAUGACUUGGAAUCUUCGAGUGGCAGAUCGACUUCCACGUCCAAAGGCAGCUGUUGUUUCAACUCCAAGUUGACGAAUCGUUUCAGAGUCUCGCUGACCGGAACUUUCACGGUCAGGUUUUGGGUAUGUUCGUUGACUAUGGCCAUGAUCUUUUGUUGGGCUUGUUUGCAGCUGUCCAAGUCACCUUCGAUAACCACUGUGCUCAAGUUUCCAAAGAUGUCGUCGUCAUCUGACGACUCGUUGUUGCCUGUUCGUGCAAUGUCUAUCUUCACUCCUGUCGAUUCCAAGAUUGGCUUCAAAGUUCUUCCCUGUGACCCAAUCACAGUUGAUAUAAGCUUGAACGGUAUGCCGAACUCGAUCUUGACGGGUUUUAUGAUCUUAAACAUAUCGUUUUUAGAGACAGGCAGCUGCUCCGCAGCGUCCACAAUGAACGUCAAUUGGGUGGUGGAUGACUUGACUGCCGGCUUAAAAGACGACUGGGUGAUUGGCCCCGAUUUGCGUCCAUUCGACAGAAAAGGCCCCCAUUUCCCCGGAGUGGCUCCAACAGACACGCCCAAGGCCGGGAAAAACGUCUCGUCGUCAAUGGAGAUCUUCUUCAUGGCUCCGUUGGGUGCGGAAUCUUCGUCGGUGUCGAACUCCUGCGUCGAAGGUUCAGACGGAGCGGACGACGGAGCGGAAGAUUCGGUGGCCGAAACUAUGGGAGUCUCUGGCUCCUCGGAAAAUGCACUGUGUUUUUGCGCAAGCAAUUCUGCUGGGGUCGGCAUUGUCGCAGAAAAUGUGAUUUUUCGGAACAAGCUCCGUGAUCUUUACGAAGCUCUUGUUCGGUGA